AUGGCGUCGUCUCGUGACAGCGUCUAUGCCACGGUGUACUCCCCUACCCUCCUGACCUGGGUGUAUGACUACUACGUCUUGGGCUUCAACCUCCGCUACGUCUGGGGCUGCCCUACCGACGCGGUGCUCCUCCCAUUCUUCGCCGAGAACUUUUCGCGCCGCCACCUCGAUGUCGGCGUCGCCACGGGCUACCUGCCCGCCAAGGUCCUCGCCAGCCCCUGGCGCCGCGCCGCCGCCCAGCGCCAGCACCUGACCCUCCUCGACAUCAGCGGCAACUCGCUCCGCGCGUCAGAAGCCCGAGUCUGCGCCGCCGCGCCGGGCAUCGCCACGACGUGCGUCGAGGCCGACGUCGUCGCCGACCUGCCGCCCGUGCUGAGCAGCGUGGUGGAGGAUGAGCGUGCCCGGGUCAAAAAGGCCGGCGGAGAUGGCGGCGGCAGCAGCAGUAGCAGCAGCAGCAGCAGCAGCAGCAACAGUAGCUGUAGCAGCAAGCCAUGCCUCUACGACUCGAUCAGCAUGUUCAACCUGUUCCACUGCGUGCCCGGCGGGCCGGCCAAGCUGCGCGCCAUCUCCACGUACAAGACGCUGCUGGCCGACCACGGCGUCCUGUCGGGUUGCACGGUACUGGGCGAGAGGCACGCCACGGGCUGGUUCAGCCGCUGGUACCUGAGGCUGUACAACCGCAAGGGCAUCUUUAACAACAUCAACGACACGCGGGAGGAGUUUGAGGAGGUGCUGAACAAAGAGUUUGAGGAGGUCGACACCAUAAUGUUCGGAAUGGUCCUGUUGUUUAGGGCCUCGAGGCCAAGGAGAGAGGGGAGUGGGUAUGUCGACUUGCUGGAUUGA